AAUAAUCUUCGCAUCAUUUCUUUAGGAGUCCUGAAGUUCAGUAUGGCCUACGGCAGGGUGCAUAGGUUCUUACUAAGAACCAUAGCCAGCCGAGGAGUGCUUACUUUUCAUGAAACUCAGCAAGUAGUGAACAAAUUUAAUGAAAAUAAUGAAGCAACAAUAGAAGACCUGGUAAAAGACAUAAAUGAUGAGAUAAGAGCACUACAACAGCAAAUUAAAAUAGCUGACGAUGAACUUACAAACGAGCGAGUAGUCAUAUUCAUGUCACUUGGUCAUGAUUCAGCAUCCAAAGCGCAGAAUAUUUUUUCUGCAACAGAACUAGAGUACUACAGGCUUUUGAUUGAGGAGAUAAUGAGCACAGAAACAAGACAGAUCACUGGGAUUCAUGCCAUGAAUUUGGUGAAUAGAUUAAAAUCUUCCUUUACUAAAACAGAUGGACAGAAACUACUCGAUACUUGGUGCCGCAUGCGCUAUUUGGACAAAGAUCAGAAUAAUAACAAUUAUGUUCUGGGAGUUAGGGCUAUCCACGAGUUUGAGAGCUAUCUUCGGGAAAAUAUGUCAGAUGCCAUUGAAGAAUGCUUUCUGUGCAAGAAAAUUGUCUUCAGGGGUUAUAAUUGCCCAGUACCCGCAUGUGGAAGAGCGGUGCACACGAAAUGCCUUAAUCGGUAUUUACAGCAAGUGAACAAGUGGCCGUGCUGCAAAGCAGACUUCGAUCAAUCUCAGUUGGACAGGCUGAAUGCAGAUAGGCUUACCCAGACUCAAGUAUUGGACCAAUCCAGCCAGCAGUCCGCCGCUUACGACACCAUCGCGGAACCCACGCAUGACUUGACCCAAGAGCAGACACAAAGCUUGUUCCCUGAGCUUUCUCAAGGCUUGUUGCCUGAGAUAUCUCAAGAUGUGCUGGAUGAACUAUCGCAAGAACCUAUUUCUGAAGAACCACGAAGAGUCACGCGGAAGAGGAAGAGGAACUAAAGUCUGGUAUAUUUGCUUAUUUCUUUCUAAAUAUUGGGAACUUCUCCUUUAAAAUUAUCGUUUAGAAGGGCUACUUAUGUUGAUUCGACAUUUCAAUUUGUUGUUUGUUACUCUGAUUUG